UCACUGCUGACGCGGGCAGGCCUCGCCGCCGCAAAGCGCCAAACAAACACCUCGCACAGCUCGAAUCCGUCACAAAACCUUACCGGCGACGGCGAGAUGCCUCGGAAGUCGUCCAGGGCGAGGGGCGCGGCCACGCAAGGCCCCGAUGGUCCCACGGCGGCGCCGAGGCCUCCCGUCAAGGCCGGCCCCCCAAACCCUAGCCCCGCUGCCGAGCUGCCCCAGGCCGCCCCCGCCGCCGCCCAGGCCCUGGAGCGCCUCCAUCUCGACCCCGCUUCUGAUGGUGAUCCGCCGCCGCCGCCGCCUCCCGUGACCGAGCCCGAGGCACCUGCGCCGUCUCAGCCGCCGCCCGUGGAGGCGUCGUCGUCUGGAAGGUCUGAGGCGGGCGGGAGCCUGGAGGAGGAGGCUGUGAGGAAGCUGCACGAGCUUGCGGAGGCUGGUGGGGAGGAGGUGGCGUUGACUGAGGAGGAGGUGCGCGCCAAUGAUCAGAGGCAGGAGGACGAGCUUUGUGCCCUCGAAGCCAUUUUUGGGGAUGCUGUGGUAAUUUUGGACAGAAAGGGAGGCCAGCGGUGUUUCCAGGUCCAUGUUCACAUUGAGAUUCCAGAUGCUAUAGAUGUAUCAACAAGGCUCAAUUAUGGUGAUGGAAAAUUAAAAUAUGGGGCAACAUCUGAUGCUGAUGCUGAUGACCUUGAUUACAAGUUUAGAGUUGAGCAUUUGCCUCCAAUCCUUCUAACAGUUCUCCUGCCUGCAUCGUACCCAAGUCACCAUGCUCCUUUUUUCACUAUCUCCACAUAUUGGCUUGAUAAAGGGAUGAUUUCGUCGUUAUGUCGCAUGCUUGAUAUGCUUUGGGAAGAGCAACAGGGGAUGGAAAUAACAUAUCAAUGGGUGCAGUGGCUCCAAAGUUCUUCCCUUUCUCACUUAGGGUUUGGUAAUGAGAUAAUAUUGGGCAAGAAUGAUGUAACAUGUGAUGCAGAUAAGCGUGCUUGUCUAGAUAAUGCUUCACCAGAUUUUAUAAUUCCAAGGAUGAUGAGAUACAAUGACAAUAAGCAUCAUGAAGCUUUCUUACACGCUAUCCAUGACUGCAUGAUUUGUUUCAGCGAGUGUCCUGGUUUUGAUUUCAUCAAACUUCCGUGUCAUCAUUUCUUCUGCUGGAAAUGCAUGCAAACAUACUGCAAAAUGAAUGUUAAGGAAGGAAAUGUUGUGAAGUUGCUAUGUCCUGAUACAAAAUGUGAAGGUGCUGUUCCUCCUAAUAUAUUGAAACGGCUGCUUGGAGAGGAUGAAUUUGAACGUUGGGAGGGAUUACUGCUUCAAAGAACCCUUGAUGCCAUGAGUGAUGUUGUCUAUUGUCCAAGAUGCCAAACUGCUUGCUUGGAGGAUGUAGGCAAUGAAGCAGUGUGUUCAAGUUGUUUAUUCAGCUUCUGCACUCUCUGUAGAAAUCGCCGUCAUAUUGGAGAGCAAUGUAUGUCUCCAGAAGAAAGACUCCUUAUCUUGGAGAAACGCCAACAAUCUGGGCAAGUGCAAGGAGAUCAGCAGAGAAUUCUUGAAGAACUACGCAGCCUGAAGGAAAUUAUGAAGGAUGCAAAACAGUGUCCAAGAUGCAAGAUGGCCAUAUCUAAGACAGAAGGAUGCAAUAAGAUGCAUUGUGAGAACUGUGGGGAGUACUUCUGUUAUCAAUGCAACCGUGCAAUCACUGGAUAUGAGCAUUUCAAAGGUUCUUGCGUGCUUUUUCCUCAGGAGGAACUGGACAGAUGGGAAAUGCAGAUGAAUCAAAGGGUACGGCGCCAAGUUGUUGCACAGGCACAUGCUGAAAUGCAUGCACUGCAUGGUCAAGUUCAUCCUUGUCCAACAUGCCGUCAACCAUCUCCAAAGGUUGGAAACAACAACCACCUGUUCUGCUGGGCAUGCCAGAAGCAUUUUUGUGCCCUGUGCCAUAAGCCUGUCCCAAAGCCGGCACAGCACUAUGGUCCCAAAGGUUGCAAGCAACAUACGGCAGAUCCCUGAAUGAGGUUUUUCCAUAUGUGCAUCAAUACCAUCACUGUCACACCAAAGUAUCAGAACUUAUGUGCAUGUACACAUAUACCUGUCCCAGGAUGUACUUUACUCCGACGAAUCCAAUUUUUUUGAAGGGAGCAUGUUUUCAAGUCUCCAACGUCAUUGUAUGCACAGCAUAGAACCAAUUCUGGAGAGGGUAUAUUAUUGUUCUGUUGUGAUUGAUCUUGUACCAAUUCAACUGAAAUCAUCAGUGUUAAGUUAUAUGUUUUCUCUUCAAUCUUAAUCUUGUUCCCGAUAGUCAGACGUCAGAAAAUUUGUGAAUGUCCUGCUUGAAUAUGUACAGUGGUUGACAUACAGUGAUACUGAUGGAACCAACUGCUGUGCCAGUUUUUAUUUCUAA